AUGUCAGAUUAAGAAGAAGAGUCACCAAGAUAAGAUGAAUUUGGAUAAAGAAUUAUAAAAUUAAAAGAGUUAACUCCCCUUGAAAAAGAAUAUUUUGAAAAGGCUCGUUAAAGACACAAAGAAAAUAUUUAUAAAGAUUAAAUAGUACAAGGUAGAAAAUUUGAAGGAGUAGCUUUUAUUUCUAAACCUGCUGAGAUAAUUUUCAAAGUAUUAUGAACAUUCUUAUUAUAGGAUUUUGAUGUAGGUAAACCACAUACAAUAAUUAUGUAACUUACAAAUGUUUCUUACACAUUCAAUUCAUUCAAAAUACUUCCAUUGCCUGAAGCUGUUAGAGUAUGAAAUAAAUUUGAAUUAAGGAUUUUUUUGAAUUGAUAUAUACACCACCUGGUAGAGUUUCAGCAGGCAUGUCUUGUCCAAUAACAGUUAGAUUUACUCCAUAAUUAAAUGAUGAUAUAGAUGUUUAAUUAUAAUGUUAAGCAGAAACAGGACCCUUUUAAAUUCAUAUUUUAUGCACAAGCAAAAAAGCAAUUGCAAAAGUAGAAUAACCUGUUAUUGAUUUUGGCAAAGUAAUUUUAGGAGAAGAUUCAACUCUCAUUCUUAAAAUUCAAAAUUUAGGAGCUCUAGACACAGAUGUUAUUAUAAGAAGUGCAAAAGGCAUAGAUUUAUAAACUAUAGCUACUGAAUCAGUUUCUUAAAAAUCUAAUAGAGAUCGACCUUUUGAUGAAGAAGGUAUUUUACCUUACUUAAAGUAACUUAAAUUCUAAAGAUAACAUAUAUUACAAGGAUAUUCUAUGCUUAAAAUACCAAUUCAAUAUAUUCCAGCAGAAGUUGGUCCCUUUUCAUUACCUCUAACAUUGUAUUAUGAAAAUUUCUUACAUUCUCCACCUUGUCAAAUUGAAAUUAGAGGAUAUUGUACUGAAGUACCAAUUUAUGUAGAAAAAUAAAUUUAUAAUUUUUAAAUUUGUUUAUUCAAUCAUAUUUAUAGAGAAAAGAUUGUGUUUUUUAAUAGAAGUUAGAAUGCAAUGAAAAUUUAAAUUUAAACUCCAAAAGAGACUAAAGAUUUCUUUGAAUUUAAUCCAAAAUUAGGAUACAUAUAAGGAAAUUCUAAAUUUGAGAUUUGGGUUAAAUUUAAUGCAGAAAGACAAUUACAAACAAUAUGUUAAAGAUUUUUUAAGGAUAAUGUAAUAGAUGUUCCCUUUAAAUUAAUUGGAGCUGAUUAAAAAAUGCCUGUUCCCUUUAAUAUAGUUGCUUAAAUGACUAUGGCUACUCUUUAAAUUACACCUGCUAGAUUAGACUUUGGAAAAUUGUUUGAUGGAUAAGGUGCAAAAAGAGCUAUCACAUUUGAGAAUUUAAGUGAUUUACCUUAAGAAUUAGCAAUCUACCCUUUACCAAAAGAGAUAUCAAUUACAACUGAUUUAGUACCAUUACGUUUACUUCCUAAAUAAAAAUUUACAACAGAUAUAAUAUAUAGAACUCAGAAAGUAAUUGGAAUUAGUGAUAGAUAAGAUGAAGGAAUUUUAAAAUGUAAAAUAGUUUCAGGUACUAUAUCAACAAAAGAAAUAAGAAUACCUUAUACUUGUGAAAUUUCUAAAUGUCCUCUAGAAUUUUCAGGAAUAAAAUUUGAUAUUCCAGUUUAAUAAAUUGAAGAAAAAUAUUCAACUACAAUUGAUAUAAAAAAUAUAUCUUAAAGAGAUAUAAUAAUUGAAUUUUUUUUACCUUUUUAUGAAUUAUGUGGUCUUAAAAUGGCUCCAAUGGUUCAAUAAAUUUAAAGGGAUUAAUUAAUAUAAGUACAUUUGGAAUAUGAUUCUUUCUUUAAAAAAUUAGGUGCUUAUACUCUUUAAGAAUUAAAAGAAAAAUAUGAAAAUGAUCCAAAUAAUAAUUUUGAAUUAAGAUUAAAAAUUAGAUAUGAAGAAGAAGAAAGAAAGAAAAGAGAAUAAGAAGAAUUAAAAAAAGAAGAAGAAAUGGCAACUAAAGGUAAAGGUGCAAAAAAAGAAGUUAAAAAAGAUUAAAAAAAACCAGAAAAAUUAACAAAAGCUUAAUAAUAAUAAUUAGAAGAAGAAGAAAGAAGAUAAGCAGAAUUAGAAAAAUUAAAAUAAGAAGAAGAAAGACUUAAAAGAGAAGAAUUUGAAAAAUAAUUUGAUAGUGCUAAAGAAUUAAGAAAUCUAGGAGGUACUCUUGUUGAAUUCAAUAAACCUGAAGAUUUAAGUAUUAUUUUAUAAUAUUAUAUAAGAUUAUUCAUAACACUAUUCUUGGUUAAUUCCAUGUUAUUUUAAAUACACUGAUAUGCCAGAUAAUGCAAAAUAAGUAAUAUAUUUAUAGAUUUCAACUGUUACUGUAUAAAAAAGUUUGCUUUUGAGUAAAACCAUAAUAGAUUUUGGUGAAGUUGCAGUUGGAAUAAGGUAAACCAAAGAACUUACCGUUUUCAAUCAAACUCCAUUUAAAGCUGAAUUAAAAAUGCAAAUGUUACCAAUCUCUUGUGGUUUUACAAUUUUAAAUGCUCUUAGAACAAUAGAACCUAGUAAUAAGAAGUCUUUAAUUGUUUAAUUUUAACCAACUGAAGAUUAGCCAUUUGAGGAGACUUUAUAAUUAUAUUGUGAUCAUGCAGCAGUUUCAGCAAAAUUAAAAGGAAUAGGUGUCAGACCAGAAGUAAAGGUUGUACCAGAAAAUGGAUUAAUAUCUGUUGGAGGUGUAGUAUUAGGAGAAUAUACAGAAAGAACAUUUAAAAUAACAAAUGUUUCAAAUUUUCCAAUAAAAUUUUAAUUAAUAAGUAAAGCUAGGGGAGUUUAAAAUUCUUGUGGAACUGAAGUGUUUUAAUUUAUACCUUAAGAGGCAAUUGUAAAUGCUUAAUAAGAAAUAACUUGUAAGGUGAUUUUUAAACCCGAUCGAGUUUCAGAUAAAUUUUAUGAUCUAAUAUCAGUUUAUGUACCAAAUUAGAAAUCUGAAAAGAGAGUUUUUAUUUGGGGAUAUUGUUAUAAUCGUUAAGCUUAUGUAAAUGUUUAUUAACCUUAUAAUUUAAUACCUUAAAUUAAUGAAAUUAAUAAGAAAAUUGAAUUUCCUUUUGAUUAAUUGAAAUUAAAGGAUGAAGAGAAAGUUUAUACAUAUUUAAACAAUAAAAUUAUGCUUGAAUUUGAGAAAUUGAAAGAAGAAGAUAAUUCUAGAAAGAUUGUUAUUGGUAGUUGUAAACUUUUGGAUCCUAAAAUGGAGAAACCUGUAAAUUAUGAAGUAAUAUUAUCUGUAAUUUAUAUAUCUUAUAAAUUUGAUAGAAAGAUGAAAAAUACUUUGUUUGUGAUAAUUAAAAAGGUGCCAUAUAACCAGGAAAUGAAGUUGUAAUAACAUUUACAUUUAAACCUCCUUAACCAGAUUAAUUUAUAGCCUCUAUUGAAGCUUUAAAGAAGAUAGGAUAAUGGAAGGAAACUAAAAUUGAAUUAAAAAUAUCAGGUGGAUUUUUAAAACCAGGAGUGUAAGAUAAUUUAAGCUAUGAAUUGAUUCUGAAAGCAUUCAUUAAUUAGAUUUGA